UAUCGAGAAACCAUUCCGAUGUUGAAAUUGAAACUUCGCAAAUCACAUUAAAGAAAUAUGAGCCCCAACAACAAGAUAAAAAGGUCCCCAUCCCCUCCCCUCCCUUUCCCACAUCUACUCUUCUAGUCCUUGAGCCAUUUUCUCCAUGGAAACCAUUCAAUGCAGUAAACGACCUAAGAAUGGUUCCUUUGAUGAUUCUGACAAUGAAACCCUUUUACCAGGCCUCCCUGACGAUCUAGCUCAACACUGUCUCUCCUCUCUCUUUCCUUCCCUUCUUUUCUCUGUUUGCCACCCAUGGCGUCGCCUCCUUUACUCUCCUUCUUUCCCUCCCUUCUUCUCCCUCUACGCUCUCUUUUCUCCUUUGCAAAAUCCCACCACAAUAAGCCAUGGGGAAGUUGCUCACCGAAACUCAAUCGAAUUCUUCUCCUUUGAUCCAUUAUCAUCAGCUUGGAGGCCACUUCCUAGCCCUCCACAAAACCCUCCUCUUCAUCUCCUCCACCGCCACCCUUCUUUUCUAUCACGAAAACUCCCAAUACAAUCCUUGACAGUCUCCAACCAUUUAGUACUCAUAGCUGCCACCACUCACAAUUUUUCCCCUGCACUUUCCAGCCCUUUACUCUUCCACCCAGAGUCCAACCGCUGGUUUUACGGCCCCCAAAUCUCCACCCCACGCCGGUGGUGCGCCACAGGCGCAGUCCGAGGGGUGGUCUACAUGGCAAGCGGUGUUGUUGGUUCUUAUUACAGAGGAGAUGUGGCAAGGUCGAUGGAACAGUGGGACUUAAACCAGAAGAGUGAAAGUUGGGUUUGGGAAAACAAGGCACAGCUUAAAGAUGGAAGGUUCAGUAGGGAAGCAGUGGAUGCAGUUGGUUAUAGAGGGAAACUUUGCAUGGUUAAUGUCAAAGGCAAUGCAGUGAAAGAAGGUGCGGUUUACAACGUGGAAUUGGACAAGUGGGAAGAAAUGCCCUGUGGAAUGGUAGCUGGUUGGAAUGGGCCGGCGGCAACGAUGGAUGAAGAUGUGAUCUAUGUGAUUGAUGAAGUGAAAGGUUCUUUAAGCAAGUACGACGCUGAAAAGGAUUGCUGGGUGGCGUUGAUCGAGCUGGAACAGCUUAAACGUGCAGAACAAAUAGCAGCACGAAGAGGGAAAAUUUGUGCGGUUCCAGCAAAUGGGGAAAAAAUUAUAGUGGUGGAUGUUGGGGAAGAAAGGGCUGCAGCCAGGUUCUGGGAGGUGGCGCCACCACGAGGGUUCGAAGUCGUUGCUGUGCAUGUUUUGCCUAGAAUCACCAGGCAGCAGUAGUUCAUGUUCAAAUCAAGUUUUGUUUCUUUUGUUCUCCCUUUAUUUGUUUUAUUUCCUUUUUGUGAUUUAGGAUUUGUGUUUAAAUAUAUGAAUUUCACUUAUGUACAUGAGUUCAAAUUUAUGUUCCAUCAAUGCACUGCAAUACUAUACAUUUAUACGUUAAAUUUUA